AAGAAUCCAGAAUGAUAAAGGAAGUUGCUGGCCACAAGGAGGUGAGAUGAGGAGGUCCUGAGCCCACUCGGUCCUUCACAUGAGGUGGCCCAGGGGAUGUGGAUCACUUAACAAUUGUUCUCUUGAUUCCUGAGCACCCUGGUGUCACUCCUGUUCUCCCUGAUGGCGCUGCUGGUCUCAUUUCCUGGAGGGAUUCGAGCAUUGGUUUGGGUCCUGCUUCUGCUGCUGCCAGCAGCAUCCCUGCAAGCUGGGCACUCAGCAGGAUCCAACAGAAAAAGACUGUACGGGGUGAACCAACCAGCACGCCUCUCUGGUGUCCAGGGCGGCUCCAUUGAGAUCCCCUUCUCCUUCUACUUCCCCUGGGAAUUUGCGAAGAAUCCGCAGAUGAGGAUUCUCUGGAGAUGGAAGAACUUCAUCGGGGAGCCUAUCUACAACGCCACCUCCGGUUUCAUACAUGCCCAUUUUAAGGACAGGCUCAUCCUGAACUGGACACAGCCUCAGACAUCUGGAGUCCUCAGAAUCCUAGACCUUCAGGAAAAGGACCAGAACAAAUACUUCUGUCAAGUUCAUCUGAACACAGGAGAAGGCAGGAAGAUUUUGAAGUCAGCUGUUGGGACCCAACUGAUCAUCACUCACGGUGAGCCACCCUGGCUCUGCCUUUGAUGCCUCUCUUGCUUCCUUGUUCUCUAGGUGUCCCUUCAGGCUACCCAACUCAUAUUCCUUUCCCUUGACUCUGCCUGAGCCUCUGACAACAGGAUCUUUCCCUUGGAGCUGUGACAAGUCUUUGCUGUCUCCACUGACCUGUUCUGCCAUUUUCUGCUCAGAGAGAGCCCAACCCCACUUUCUAGGCCUUAGCCCUCCACCUAGAUCACCCCAUUUUGUUCCAAACUAACACCACA